AUGGCAACCCAAAUGAACCAAUUGUUCAGAACUUCCAUUUUGAAGAACAAGACACAAUCAGAGACCCCUUUGAAAACCCCAAAAAGAACCUCGAGAUUUCAAGUCAUUAGUGCAACAUCCUCCACUAUCAGUGCAAGACAGCUCAUAGAAUCUGGUACAGUUAAGUCUAUAUUGCCGAAAGAUGCAUCCACAGCAAUGAACUCAGAGGGCUUUGUUCUACUUGAUGUUAGGCCAACGUGGGAGAGAGAGAAGGCACGUGUGACGGGGUCUCUGCACGUGCCAAUCUUUGUGGAAGACAAGGAUAACGGUCCUAUAACUCUGCUUAAGAAGUGGGUUCAUUUUGGUUACAUUGGUUUGUGGACUGGCCAAUACCUCACCACUGUGAAUUCUGAGUUCCUUGGUCAAGUGGAAAAUGCUAUUCCUAGUAAGGACACCAAGCUUCUUGUGGCAUGUGGAGAAGGAUUAAGGUCAAUGACAGCAGCUUCAAAACUGUAUAAUGGAGGUUUCAAAAAUCUGGGAUGGUUGGCUGGAGGCUUUAAUCGUUCAAAGGACAAUGACUUCCAAGCAGUAGAAGGAAAAGAGAAGUUGCAGUAUGCUACAGUUGGGGGAGUCUCUUACUACUUCCUUCAGUUGCUCAUACUUCUACAAGCUGUAGGUAAAGGAUAACUGUAUAAACUGUUAUCAGUUACUUUUAUAAUACAUUAAUAUGUUCAUGUUGUGCAUCUUUUGACUUUGUAAGCCUCUUUUGCCUAGUUGCAAGUACAUUCUCAACUUCCA